AUGGAGAAUUUCACUUCCAUGGUUGAUUUUAUGGUGGCGGUUUUGCAUGAAGAUGAACCUGAGUUAACAGCUGCUGUUCAAACGCUCUUAUAUGCAACAUGGGAAGCUCGGAACUCAAUGGUUUUCAAAGGGCGACGCUUGGACGUCGGGGAGGUGCUUCGUAGAUGCUCUACUCUUCAUCCUAGGGACGUCGCGGAGCCCAUUCACCGUUCAGAGGAGGGUACUCGCGCAGCGUCAUGGAAGCGGCCUGAAGUGGGGUUGAUUAAGGUUAAUGUGGAUGCAUCCAUCAAGGAUGGGGUGUGUGGUUAUGGGAUGGUGGCUCGAGAUUCAAAUGGAGAGGUUUUAGGAGCUGCUGCUUUUUACCCAGUUAAUGUUAUUUCCCCCUUGCUUGGAGAAGCCUCAAGUCUCCGUUGGGCAAUGCAAUUGGCUGUGGAGUUUGGAUUUCGAUCGGUGUGCUUUGAGACGGAUUGUCUUCAGCUCUUUACUUGGUGGAAGAAGGGGACAGCUGGUUUAUCUUAUUUAGAUGCUAUUGUUCGUGAUUGUCGUACUUUAAUUCCUGCUUUUAGUUUUUUUGAUUUGCUUUUUGUAAGACGCACUGGCAAUUAUGUUGCAGACUUUUUGGCAAGGAAUGCUUCUGAUUUCCCCAACUCUGUUUGGGUGGAGGAGGUUCCUCAGGCUGCUGAUCACUUGGUGAUCAAUGAUGUAAUGGCGUCAUCACCUGCUUUGAGUUAA